UCCCCCUACAAUGGUGUGCCGUGGAAAGAAACAAAUCCAUGGUAUUUCCGUCCCGUUCAGAUAGACCGAUCACCGUACCGACGAAUUCCAAUAGUUAGGUACCUAGUGCUCCCUUAUGCUUCCUGAGUUAAAUCCCCACGAUGGAAUUGUCAUUUCGGCCAUUGGCGCUUGAUAUCCUACGUGGAAGCCGUCAGGUUCCCCGAUGUUUCUUACAUCGCAGGUUGGCUCAAAGCCGAAUGGCUUCCAGAGUCACACGACACUCGGCAUGGAACUAUUCGGUACAGCGAAGAGGAAUCGCGACAUCCAAUUUAAGCUAUUUUGAGGGUCCUCGAGAGCCACCAUUGCUCCCUCACACGAUACCAGAGCACUUCUCACUCAUAGUAUCGCAAUAUGGCGACCAGCCAGCCGUGUUGUUUCGGUCCCCCACACCCAUGGAUACAACCUCAUCAAUUACUAUAAAGCCCGAAACAACUACCCUAACAUACGAGGCCCUCGACGCUCAGUCCAACAGCCUCGCACACUCCCUCCGGUCUCUAGGCGUGAAGAAAGGAGACCGAGUCGCCGUUAGUCUGGGUAAUGUCGACGAGCAUGUCGUCACGGCAUACGCACUCUUCAAACUAGGCGCCAUCCUAGUACCGCUAAACCCGACGUUUAACUCUCUUCAACUAAGCAAUGCGCUCUCCCGCCUCGAGGUGGAAGUUCUCAUCAUAGGGGCCGUUACAGACUUAGCUUAUAAACCCUGCCGUGGUCGCAGUAAUUUCGAUCUCCUUAAGGCACUCGUCCCAGAUCUUACCACCAGUAAGGUCGCAUCACCGACGGUUCCAUCGCUCAAGUCUAUUGUAGUCAUAGACAACACGCCUUCACACCCACAAUCCGGCUUCCCACCCCUCGAGAACCUCCGCGCACUAAUACCCUUCUCCACACUCCUCCCACCCACCCUCACCCUCUCCACCUCAUCCUCGCGCUCAAUAGUCCCCGACACACCCCUCUCCGCGGACGAAAUUAUCAAUAUCCAAUUCACAUCCGGCACAACUUCACUCCCAAAAGCAGCCAUGCUAAGCCACACCAGCAUCCUCAAUAAUGGAUACCUAAUCGCGAAGCGCAUGGGUCUUGACCCAAGCGACCGCAUAGUCUGUCCACCCCCACUAUUCCACUGCUUCGGCAUCGUCCUCGGCCUCCAAGCAACAGCAACAACAGGCGCAGCCCUACUCUUCCCAUCCCCAGCCUUCGACCCCGCAGCCGCGCUCCACAUGGCCGCCGAGCAGGGCGCCAGUGGAUUAUACGGUGUCCCCACUAUGUUCGCCGCGGAACUAGAACUUCUCUCCAAUCCCCAAUUUGCCUCCACUUUACCCAGUGGCAAGGGCCAGGGAUUGGGAAAUUUGAGGAAGGGAAUUGCGGCUGGGAGUUCGGUGCCGGAACCGUUGAUGAAGAAGUUGAAUAGCAGAUUGGGGUUGCAGGAUUUGGUUAUUUGUUACGGGAUGACGGAGACUAGUCCUGUUAGUUGUAUGACGGCCCCCGGGGAUCCGCCGGAGAAGAGGGCUGGGAGUAUAGGGAGGGCUAUGCCGCAUACGAAGGUUAAAGUUGUGGAAAGUGGUGAUAGGAGUAAGAUUCUGCCAAGAGGGGAGAGAGGCGAGUUGGCGGUUUCUGGGUACUUGCUUAUGGAGGGGUAUUUUAAUGAUGCCGAGCGUACGGCGGAGGAUUUGUUGGUUGAGGAUGGGGGGGUUAGGUGGAUGUAUACUGGGGAUGAGGCGAGAAUGGAUGAGCUGGGGUUUGUGGAGGUUACGGGACGGAUUAAGGAUUUAAUUAUUAGGGCGGGUGAGAAUAUUCAUCCACUUGAGGUCGAAGUCGUGCUUAUGCGACACCCGCUUAUUCGUGAGGCGAGUGUUGUGGGUGUUCCGGAUGAAAGGUAUGGAGAGAUUGUCGGGGCCUUUGUUGCGCCCCAUGCCGGGAUAAAGACGGUCGAUGGUGGGGCGGGAUCGGGGACAAGUGGGGAUAUAGAGGCAGGGGUGGCAACGGGAGGAUCCGGCAGUGGAGUCAGGGAUAAAAAGGCAGUGCUUUCAAAGGAUGACGCGAAGGAUUGGGUAAGGGGACAGCUUUCGGGUCACCUGGUUCCGAAGUAUGUAUUUUGGAUUGACGAGUUUCCGAAGACUGCGAGUGGUAAGAUUCAGAAGUAUAAGUUAAGGGAGCUGGCUAAGGAGUUGAGCGGUUCGACAUCACGAUGAGUUAGAUAGGGAUGUGGGAUAUGUUUAGAAUCAAUGGCUCACGGUUAUUGGGUAUUGCUGCGGCUGAGUCUUCAUUUCCCGGAGAAGCUAAUGCAUGGUAACGCUUCAUGACUUUUUAAAGUGCUGAUCAACGAGCACCCCUGAUUUUAGAAUAGCGGAAUAAUGAAUCCUGUCAUCAUAUCAAGCCAGCCGCAUCCUUGGUUUCCGCCAAGUAAUUCAUUCUCACGUUAUAAGAACCGGAAAAG